AUUCAGUUAUUCCAAUCCAGAGGCUAAGAGGGAGAUAAAACUGUGGCCAGUAAGAACAAGAAAUCGUCAGCCAUUGCCUACCCAGCGCGCAGCGGCAGAGAAUGAAAAUCCGCUUGCGUCAUAGGCCUUUUGAAUAGCCUACCCCAUUUACAUGCUUCAAAUGUAAUAAGAGAAAAGUGAGAGCACGGCGGUAGGAAGAGAACGAGGGAGGGAGAGAGAGAGGAAAAAAGUUAGCAUAGAGAGGCAAGACAGUACUGGCGACUGCUGCAGUCUCACUAAUGUUUGCUAUAAAAGUAUUUUCCUCGAGUUUAUUUCUCCCCUCCCUCAUGUCAUCAUUAUUUUGAAGAUAAAUUGUCUUCGCAAAGGAGAAACCUGAACACAACAUGGAGCUCCUCUGCCUCGAGAAGGACACAGUCGUCAGAGCUCAGCAGGAUCCAAAUAUUUUCUCCGAUGACAGAGUAUUGCAAAGUCUGCUAACUAUUGAAGACAGGUUUCUGCCCCAGUGUCCAUACUUUAAACACUUUCAGCAGGAUAUUAAGCCGUUUAUGAGGCGGAUGGUUUCCACUUGGAUGUUGGAGGUUUGUGAAGAAGAGAGCCGCGAGGAAGAAGUCUUCCCUUUGGCAAUUAACUAUUUGGAUAGAUAUUUAGCAGUGGUCCAGACGAAAAAGGGCUGUUUGCAGCUUCUUGGAGCUGUAUGCCUGUUUCUUGCAUCGAAAUUAAAAGAGUCUCGACCAUUAACUGCAGAAAAACUCUGCCUCUACACAGACAAUUCAAUCACAUCACAAGAGCUCCUGGACUGGGAGUUGGUAGUGCUGGGGAAGUUGAAGUGGAACAUGGCAGCUGUCACCCCACACGACUUCAUCGAGCACAUCUUAUACAAGCUGCCCCUCCCCAAGGACAAGCUGUCGCUCAUCCGGAAGCACGCACAAACCUUCAUCGCUCUCUGCGCGACAGAUUUCAGCUUCGCCAUGUACCCGCCCUCCAUGAUUGCCACUGGCAGCGUGGGUGCUGCUGUCUGCGGCCUCCAGAUGGACCGUGCCGAGCGGGCGCUGCACGGCGACAACCUGUCCGAGCUGCUGGCCAAGAUCACUAACACGGAGGUGGACUGUCUGAAGUCAUGUCAGGAACAGAUAGAGCAGCUGUUGCGCAGCAGCCUGCGGGAGAGCCAGGAGAGGCAGCAGCGUCUGCAGCAGGAGGCCCUCAACCGGGCAGCCAGCAAAGGCGUGGACCCAGCGACCCAGAGUCAGUCCAGCACGCCCACAGACGUCCGCGACAUCAACCUCUGAGCCCCCACCCCUCCCUCUUUACUGCCCUGUCUCCUCCCAUCCAGCGUGGCGAUCCAGCAGCUGGAGUUGUAUUUUCUCACAUAAAUAAGAAAAUAGCUUUAAUUUAGGUUAUUUUAUUUUAUUUUUUUAAAAACCCGCAUAUUAAGCCUGUGACUCACUAUAGCAGUACAAGUAAUCAGAAUAUCAUUUUGAUUAGACAUCAAUUUCGCAUAUACGUAUAUCUAUUUUUUGAAUGAAAUCUGAAGACUUGAUUGCACCUCAGGUGAACAGACAGGAAAGCUACCGACGGCAUACUUGAAAUUACAUGGAAACUGUAUGAAAAGAGUCAAAUAUUAAAUAUGUAUAGCAACAAAAGAAAACAGGGGCAAACAUUGGUGGGGCUUCCAAUGGUAAAAGAUUUUAUUUCAUUUCCAUAAUGUAUUGUGAAAAUAAAAUGUAUUAUUAUUAUUAUUAUUAAUAAUAUUAUUAUUAUUAGCUCUACGAUAUAUUCUGAAGUAAUGUGAUGCAUGCAUUCAGCUAUGCAAAUUCCUUUGAGCAACAUUUAUGAGCAGGCGUAUACAGGAAAAACCGCUCACUCAGCUGCAGAGCUGGCUCUUAUUUAAGCUGUUUAGUGCUGGACAGGGGAGGGCUGGGCCCUCACAGCUAGAGGGGGAUAGAGAGCAAGUCUGAAAGAAAGAGGAGCGGGAGGCUAAAAGGAGGAGAGAAGUGAGGUGGUGAGUGUUGAGUAGUGGAGGAAGGUGAAUGAGCAUCUAAACAGCCUUACGUUAGGAUUAAAAUAAUCAACUCAAUCUAUUGGUUAUAUGUACGAUUGGUUGACUAUGAGCUAUUUUUGACCUUUUUUUUUCCUUCCUCUGUGUAGUCGUACAUCAAACAUUGUAGUGCCCAUCACUUUGGUGUUAUACACAGAGGAUAUAUGCAGUUCGUACAGCUCUGAUAAUGCUUUUAAAAUGAAGGCCUAUGCUAGGUUGGAUGAGGGAAUGGGCAGGUGACUGCACAGGUUCAUGAGUGGAACUGAGGAUUGUGCCAGGGCAGGGCUUUGAAGAAGCUUGGAAUUCUGGGUUCUGGGCAUCAGAACUAUGAACUUGAAGAGAUGAUUGACAGGGUGUGAGCAUGUAAGAGCAAGGCGUUCAGCCGAAGGACUGAGAACGUUUUUUUUCUUCAUGAUGAUGAGGAGGAGAAGGAGGAAGGAGGGUUCACUUCCAGUCCUCAUUAGUUAUAUAAUGCUUGCAUUUUUUGUAUCUCAUUGUGUUUCAGAGUGCAGACAGUUAUCCUGAAUACCAGUAAUCGAUAGCUGUGCGCUAGCUCAUGCAUAGUUGGGCUGCUGUUUUUCUAGUUUCUGUUUGUGGCAGUGAUUACGAGGGAACCAUAAUAAGUGUGCUGGAUCAUUUAUUCCCUAGUUUUCUUCAUGUUUUCAGUCACAGGCCAAAUGCGGAAAAUGUAUCAACACGAAUGCACUUUUAAACAACAAAAAAAGAAAAAAAAAAAACACAUUCCCCGAGGGGCCAAGGAAUAGUUGAGUUUAAAAAAUGUUUUGAAGGGGUGUUUGUUUUUUAUAUUGUCAUUAUUCUUUCUUUCUUUUAAAUUAUGCUCUUUUUCUGGGCUGGUAUCCCACCUAAGGCAUUCCCAGUGAGGGUAAACCACAGCAUAGGUGAUAUUCAAAUUCUAGACCAAAAUCAAUUAUAGAACAAGCUUUCUUUGCGAUUUAUGUUUGUGUUGCGCAUUGUUCAUUGUUAAAAGUGUUUAUUGACUUGAAUGUUAGUUUUUGCCUGCUUCAAAGCAGAUUUGACUCGACCAAUUGUUGGCUAUUUUCCCUCUCCUUUUUUCCUUUCUUCCUCUGAAAUUGAGACUUUGUCUACCAGAAAAAAAAUCCCUUUAUUUGAACUAUGUGGUAAAGUGAUUGCAUGCACUGCGUUACCUUUUCUAGGUGCGUUUUGUAAUGUUGAGUAAUACAAGGAAGGAAAAUCUAAAUACAGCUAGCUGCCAUUGCUUAUAAAGAACCAACGCAUUUGAGUUGUGUUCACACUGCUAGCUCAGGUUGUGUCUUCCAUACAAAAGGGGCAUGCUUAUAUUUUUGUUUGUGUGUGUGUGUGCAUGCAUGUAUAUGCGUGUGUGUGUGUGUGUGUGUGAUUGUGUGUAGUUCUUCUGGACAUGUCAGUGUGUGUUGGUAUGCUCAUGCAGUUGAGCCCUACCACAUGAUCAGCUGUAGUGUCUUUACUUUGCUUUGCUGAAGACCAAAGGCUAUGAGUGAAAAGUGUCUUGCUCUUUCUUUCUCCUUUGUAUUGCUCUGAAUUGAUACUCUGUAUUUUUUAUUGUAUUUAAUUUUCCUUCCUACGCUGCUAAAACUGAAAAGCUAUUCUUUGUCCAAUAACACACACAUACACUCACACAGACACCCACAUGCACUUACACAUAUACACCGGCAUUUAACACAGGUAGACCUAAAUAUGCCCACAUACUCAGACACAUAACAUUUCCUACCUGUAAUAUUUCACUUUUGUGUGCUGCUAUUUUAUACAUAUAUGUAUAUAGUUUUUUGUUUGUUUCUUUAGCUUUUAUGGUUGCUGUCAGAGGAAACAGAGAAGGUUUAAGGGUGCGGAGCAGACCUUGACUGGAAGUGCUUUGCUCACGUAGCUUAUUGGAAAGAAGCGUGUUUCUUUUCUGCUCCCGCUGUUCCCUGCAGUCGUUUGUCCUUCUUCCCUUCUGUCCUCACUGUGUCCUAGCGAGUGAAACAGUCACUGCCACAGGUCACAUGGACAGAAAAACAAAACAAAAAAACAAAACAACGUCAGACAGAAGCGUAGAAAUGCUUAGAGGCUCUCUGUCGCCGCCAUACCUCACAAAUCUCAGUCUAUUUGUUUCUUUGUUUUUUUGUGUUUUUAUUUUUUUAUUUUGCUGAGAGCAGGGACUGUUGGGAAGCCUCCAUUUCCCAGGUAUUGUUUUAGUUAGAGAGCAAGAAUCACCCACAAUGCUUCUAAUAAGGUUUGAGACAAGAGUCGCUGUGGGUAGAGGGAUCAGCACUGUCACCCCCUACUCCACAAAUCCUGUACUGGCGGCAGGGUCUUUCCAGUUGUCCUGUCUAUAGGUGCUAAGUGUGAGUCUGGGGCAACAGAAAUCAUAUUAUAUUUUUUUAUUUUGGAUUUUUUUUCCUUAGUAAUUGGUUUCAGAGAACAGUGUGGGUUUCACCCUGCCCCCACCCCACCCCACCACCACUGUAAACAUCGUGUACCUCAAUAGUGUAUGUUCUCUAAAUAAAAAAAUUCCAAAAAUCCAAA